CAGAAAGUAGUUUUUGGCCUUCUUUUCAAAGAAUUCAUAAUUUCCCGGUUUGCCUGGCGACAUCUUCCGUUAGAAUUACAGCAACGAGAAGAAAAGUUGAAAUGGAGGUUUCGUUUUUUGUGUUGGCCAGUUUCAUGACACUGAGUUCAGCUCAGCUGACCGUGAACGUAAAAAACAAAGGCGGUGAUUUGAUCCAAGAAAGCAUCCAAGCUGACGUUGCACAGGAUCUUAUCCAUUUACAGUUUCAGAAACCUGACGGGACAUUGAUAUCAUUGCUUAUUGAUUUUAAAUCGGAAGUGCAGAUAUUUAAAGCCCUUGUAUUGGGAGAAGAAGAAAGGGGUCAAAGCCAAUACCAAGUUAUGUGUUUUAUUACAAAAUUUACCAAAUCUGAAUUUAUAUCAUCAGAUGCUAUGUCCAAACUAAGACAGAAAAACCCUGGGACUAUUCGUAAUCCAGAAGAGGACAAAGGACAAGAACAUAUAUUUAUGGAUCUUCAGAUUGAUUUAAAAGAAUCAUCAAAAUUCAGCAAACAUAUUUACAAUACAUGCAUGGAGGCACAAGAUUCAACAUACAUCAGAGAAAGUGAUAUCCGAGCUCUAUCGAAAGGUUACAGAGCAUCUUAUCUUUAUCCACACUAUUUAACAUCGCAAGGUAAUAAUUACACGUAUAAUUCACUGUUGAGUGCCACAAAGCCGCUGACGAUACAGAAGAUGCCGCACUGCCACGAUAUGACGAAUGCGUGGAAGCCCUGCACGUGUCAGUUUGAAAUCUGUCUCGGAUGGUACCCAUGUGGGUUAAAAUACUGCAAAGGUCGUGACUCAGUCGGGAAAGUUGUCAGUUUCCGAUGUGGGAUUAAAACAUGUCGAAAAUGCCGGACUUUUGAUUUCUUUGUGAAACAAAAACAGUUGUGUUUAUGGGAUGAGCCAUGAUUUGUCAAUCCAGAUUCUACCAACGAUGAAAAUAGUCACAUUCUGAAUUUCUUUAGAAAUACACGUUCACUUUAAGUUCAUAGAAGCUGAAAGUAUUAUAUUUUGAGUAAAAAAUGCAGCAUUAAUUUGAUAUUUACAAAACAGAUGUGCUUGCAAUGGUGG